AUGGCUUUCGUACGACCGUUGCUAUACGUCGCCCUCGGGCUUCUCAUGGUAGUCUCCAUCAUCGAACUCUCCUUCAUCUCCAGCAUGGUCGGUUGGCUACACGGCAACGCCAGCGGAACUUUCUCAUUCGAGUACCGCGGCGAGCCUGCAAACUUGAUCGUUGAUCAGGGCCACACCAGCAACGGCGCAGCAGGAACAGCAUUCGUCCUCAUCGGCUGCGGAGGAAUCAUCGCUUUGAUUCUUCGCAACAGACAAAACCCUGGGAAAUUCAGUCGAUUCUUUUACAACACGUGGCUGGUCUUCAACGUCCUCAGUUUACUGCUUAUCCUCACGGCUCUUAUCUAUACGUUUGUCGUUACGAAUAAUCAUAACGGACAACGUAUCAACCCUGGUGUUGCGGCGGGUCUGGAUGACGAUGAGAAAUAUCCCCUUCAGUCGUGGACACCUCAGAAUUGGUUCUCGGCAUUUUUGAAACUCGACCUUACCAACUCAAAUGAGAGGAAUGACAUUGAACAUCACUUGCGUCUCAUGCGAGGCUGGCAGUACAACCUCAUUCCCUUCUUCAUCAUCCAUCUUGCCGAGACUGGCCUUGCACUCUGGGACGCCAUGCUUCGACGAAAGGAACCUGUGCCAGCCUAUGCGCCGCCCAAGCACACUGUCUAA